UAGCUGGCUGGCUGGCUGGCGCUCCCCAGCCGGAGACGGGCAGGAGGACGGACGCGCAUCCGAGGGGCCGGGCCGGAGAGGAUCGGCUGGCGGCGUCGGGCGGCCGCGCUGCUCCCUCCCCUAUUGUCUCGGCUCGGCCCGGGACUGGCCCGGGCUGCCGCCGCCGCCGCCGGAGCACAUCAGGAUCGCGGCGCCAUGGUGGCCCGGAGCACGGACAACAUCGAUACAACGGGAGAGGGUCAAGUCCGCUCCUUGGGGAAUGCAAGCAUCAAGGGGAAGCCAACCAAGAGACUUUCCAUCACACGAGGCCACUUCCCCAAGCUGACCGAGUGUGCUCAUUUCCACUACGAAGCUCUUGACUUUGGACACAUUGAGCUGCAGCUUGCACCUGAGCAGAAUGAGAAUCUCAGCCACUUGGAGGAGGGAGAGGUGCUGUUUGAUGUGCAGGUCACCUGCCAGGGAAAGAGCUGGCAGGUACACCGCAGUUACGAGGAAUUCUGUACCCUGGAUGCUCACCUCCACUGCUGCAUCUUCGACAGGCGCUUCUCUCAGCUUCCCGAAUUGCCGCCCCUCAGCCACAUGCGGGCCCACCCUGAGCUGCUGGUGCCCAUGCUUUCACAGUACCUGGAGAAGCUGUCAGCCAUUGUGGACAGCAACAUCAACUGUGGACCAGUCCUCACCUGGAUGGAGAUUGAUAACCAUGGCAACCGACUGCUGGUCAAUGAGGAAGCUUCUAUCAAUGUUCCUGCCAUUGCAGCUGCUCAUGUGGUAAAACGCUACACGGCGCAGGCAUCCGACGAGCUCUCCUUUGAGGUUGGAGACAUCAUCUCUGUGAUUGAUAUGCCCCCCAAGGAGGACAGGAGCUGGUGGCGAGGAAAACAUGGAUUCCAGGUGGGGUUCUUCCCCAGCGAGUGUGUGGAACUGUUCUCAGAGCGCCCCAGCCCAGGACUCAAAACAGAUGCAGAAGGGAUGAGCUGUGGCAUCCCUGGGCCCCCAGGCCUCCUCUCUCCAACCUCAGUGUCCAAGAAGCAUGGCAAGCUCAUCGGGUUCCUUCGCACUUUCAUGAAGUCCAGGCCCAGCAAGCAGCGCCUGAAGCAACGUGGGAUCCUCCGAGAGAGAGUGUUUGGCUGCGAUUUGGGCGAACACCUCAAGAACUCAGGCAAUGAUGUCCCCCAGGUACUACGGUCCUGCUCUGAUUUUAUCGAGAAACAUGGCAUUGUGGAUGGCAUCUACCGUCUCUCUGGAGUCUCCUCCAACAUCCAACGGUUGCGGCACGAGUUUGACAGUGAGCGAGUGCCCGAGCUCUCCAGGGACGUCUACUUACAAGACAUCCACUCUGUCAGCUCUCUUUGCAAGCUGUACUUCCGGGAGUUGCCAAACCCACUGCUCACCUACCAACUCUACAACAAAUUUGCUGAGGCCGUGUCUGUUUCAGGGAACGAGGAUCGCUUGGUGCGAGUGCACGACGUCAUUCAGCAGCUGCCCCCACCGCACUAUAGGACCCUGGAAUUCCUGCUGCGGCACCUGGCCCGCAUGGCUAUGCACAGUCAAAACACCAGCAUGCAUAUCCGCAACUUAGCCAUCGUUUGGGCACCCAACCUGCUGCGGUCGAUGGCUCUGGAGGUUGUUGCACAGUGCGGAGCCGACGCCUUCCAGGAAGUCCGAGUCCAGUCCCUCGUGGUUGAAUUCCUCCUCAACAACGUUCAGGUGCUCUUCAGCGACACUUUCACCUCCGUCGGCAAGGACAGUGCAGGGCGCUGCUUCCUUCCCCGACCCAAAUCCCAGGUGGUCAGCUGCCCCUCCACCCGGUUGCUGUCCCUGGAAGAAGCACAGGCACGGACCCAGGCCUUAUGCAAGGCUACCAAGCCAGAGGCUAAGCAGGGAUCCAACGAUCUGCAGGGGCAAGGGAAACUUUCUUCUGUGUUGAGCUCCCCCGACACCAGGCAAAAGGCAGAAAGUAAUGGGAGGCUGCGGAAGACGUCAGGUCCUAGCUGGAAGGCCUUCUUCGCCAUUGGCAAAACGCCGGUCACGUUUCGCAAGAAAUCGCACCGCCUUGGAGACCUUUUUGGGCUUGGAGAGUCUCUGCCAGGGGGCCAGCCUGAGACUGUCACCUUGCGAUCAGCCAAGAGCGAGGAGUCCCUGACAUCGCAGGCCAGUAUUGCAGGCCUCCCCAAGCUGCCCUGCCUGCGACGUCCACACUCCAGCAGCGAUGCCUUCCCCACCCUCAAGCCGUGCCGCUCAUGCUCUUCUCUGGGCUCUUCCGUGUCCGGCCGAGGCGAGGAUCUGGCGGCUGGGGCGGCAGAUGUGGCCGCCCGGCGCCGCUCCUCCUGGCUGGAAGGCGACUCGGAGCUGGACUCGGAGCUGGAGCUCAGCCCCCCCGGCCUCCGUGGCCUGGACUUCGACCCGCUGACCUUCCAGUGCAGCCCCCCGGCUCAGCAGCCCUCGCUCUCGGACGACUCCGGGCCUCCGAGCCCCGGGCGGGUGCUCUCUCCCUGCUCGCCCCCCACGAUCGGCAAGGAUACGUUGGAGCCGCUGCCUGUCUCCCUCCCCGAAGAGAUGCUGGAGAUGUUCACCGGGGGCGAGGCCAGGGGCCCCGGCGGGCAUGCCUCUCCACCACACAUGAUCUCAAUGCUGCUGUGUGCUGCUGGCGGGCAGCUGAGCGACAGCUGCGAGCGUGAAGUCCGCUGCAAGAUCACGCAAGCCAAAGGCCGCACGUCGCCACUCAGUCCGAAGGCCGAGGCAGCUCCCAACUCCCCCGGCGUGCUGUCCGUGCUGCGGCACAUCCCGCCUCCGCCUCCCCCCAAGAACCCAGCUCGGCUGAUGGCGCUGGCGCUAGCCGAGAGCGCCCACCAGGCGGCGCUGCAGCAGAAGCGCCAGAAGCAGGCUAGUCGUGGGCAGCGAGAACCCCGGACACAUUUCCGACGCUCCCUGUCGCUGGAGUGCAAGGCGGGAGAGGUGACGAGUGGAGCGCGGGCGCUCUACUCCAUGGUGCGCCCCAGUCCCAAGGCCCCUGGUCCCCCAGCCCUGCAAGGCCAGGCCAGGGGCAGGAGCAUCGGCAGCCAGUGCCGCAGCCGCCAGGGGGGAAACCAGGUGCCUCUCAACCAGGCGUCGCCCCCAAGCAGCUCGGAUUCCUUUUCCCCCUACCGGAGGGUCCUUGCUGACCUCGCCCAGAGAGACCACCCGUCGCAUUCCUUCUCGGAUCCCUACCACCUGUCCUCCCCGUCUCCUGCCUCACCAGGUGCCUACAGCUUCCGCCACCAACCACCUCCCCUGUCUGUGCCCUGCCCUGCCCCCCGCCAGCCCCUAGACACCUACCCCUUGCCCAGCCAGCCUCUUGCCCCACCAAAGCCCCCGCCUCCUCCGCACUUCCCCUUAGCCGCAGGCCACUUGCCCCUCAAGAGCAGGCUGCCUGCUUUCCAGGCCUACCUCCCGGACCACCAGCUCCGGCACCACGGCCGUUUCCCGGCCUCCUCCCAGGUGGGGGUCAACGGGACCCCCCCUCCUCCCCAGCUGGAGCACGAGAAUCUCUACUAUGAGAUUGUGGGGGAGCCGCCUGCAUACCCGGGCCUGGCACGGCCCUGGCCUUCCUGCCCUCCCCCGGAGUACUUGGCCACCUUCAACGCUUCUUACGGGGUUUUUGAGCGGCCGUGGCGCCAGCCCCUCCUCCCUCCAGCACCCUCCUCCCUCCAGCCCAUCUUAAAGAACCCCCGGGCGCACGCCCAGCCCAUGCCUCCCGUGACGGCCCGCCAAGAGCCCAUCUACGUCAACAUACCCUUCCCUGAGCCCCCCUCCACCACCCCUCCGCCCUCCCCACCACCUGAAGCAGCACACCCCCGGAGCCAUUCCGACCCCGGAGCCCCCCAGUCUCUCUUACACCACAGCAGACCUCCGUUGCCUCAGAAGCAGAGGCUCGGCUGGGGGUAUCCCACCACGGGGCAGUACCGCCACCUCAUGGAUGCUUUGCCGUGCAGCCGUACGUUGUUGCAGCUCUACCGCCCGCCUCCGGCCUGCUGGGGCCGCUCCCCCUACGGCCCGGAGCCCAUCAUCACCUACGACGGACCCCCUGCUCACCCAGGGAGCCAGGCCUCAGCACCCGCCUCGUCUCUACGGAAGCUGGAUGAGUCUCCACCGCAGUACGGCAACGUGGAGAGGAGGGAGGGCUCUCCAUCUGGGUGCUACCUGGGGCCCAGCUGGACCGUGUACACAGAGGGCCAGACGCACAGCUACUGCUGAGGAGGCCGCGAGCCUUGGAUCCUCGGGGCUGGGCUCCGGGUCCUUGCCCCCUCCUUUUCCCCACCGGUGUUUAUGGAAUUAUAUUGUGGUACUGUUUGCUGUGGGGAGGGCGCGGGGGGAGGGGAUGUGGGUGUUGAAAGGAAGGAUGUGUUGCUAUAGGUCCCAGGAACGUUGUGCCCAGGCCCCUCGCUGGCUGCUGCGCCUGCCUGUUUCGAGGACUGGCCUGUGGUUUUUGUUUUGAGAGCACAGAAAUCUCCAAAGGCAGCUUUGGCUCCUGCAUGAUGUCCCCCACACUUUGACCGGCAUGACAUCAUGGCAGAGCCUUUGAUCGUAUCGUUUCAAGCCUCUUUUUCGCUGUAAUGGCUGUUUUAUGUUACGCUCCAUGCUACAUCUCUCGUGUCCCUGCCCCCCCCCAUCCCCACUGCCAGCAGUGGAUUCCUAGCCUCUCCAGAGGAGGUCCUUCAUCCCCAGUGCGAUGGGCACAGUGAUGUGGCUGAACCUCACCCCUGGAUGACGUCACCUGGUUUGCUUUGGUAACGCUGCCCCUAAGACAUCGCCGGCAGGUGAUGUCUAGGGGAGCCGAAUAAUGAGGCUGUCUGUGCUCCUGGAGGUGCAAUGCCCUUAGCUGACACAGUGGGGCGCUGUUCACUCAGCUAUGCUAUUGCGUGACAUCGCUGGGUGAUAUCGCAGGCUCUUUGAAAGCUGGGGGCGGAUGCCGCACCGAUCACUCCCCUAAAAAAAAGAAUCGUCGGGUAUUUCGAUCCAGGAUGAGUUCUAACUUUUUAACCGUUGUUUUAACCCCAUUAAAACAUUAACAGCACCCACCCACUCCCCUUUCUCCUGCUUUCCCAGAGAUGAAGCCAGUUCCUGGCAAGACAGUAAGGCACAAGACUCUUGGCUUCUUACAUAUGUGCCAGGGGGUACAAGGGAUGGUUUCGUUAGAGCAAUGUGACCAGGCACUCCUGCAACCUCCUGCUUCCUGUUCCCAGACCAUGUGCUUGUGGCUUUCAAGCCAGGCAGACUGUGGCGUCUCCAGAAACUUCAGGGAUGGCAGGCGGGCAAGGGGAAGGUUGGCCACGCAUUUGUGAGUUUACUUAGGAUUGGAGGGUCUUUGUAUAUCGGUUCGCGUGUGUGGGUUUGUUUCUUUUAGUGGAAGGUAAGAUGCAUGUGUGCUUGGCAUGGGGUGCUUAUGUAAAUUUGUGUGUGUGUGUGUGUGUGUGUGUGUGUGUGUGUGUGUGUGUGUUUGGGUUUGUGUGUGCCUGGGAGGACAUAGAGUUGGGUAUCCAUGUCUAUAUGGUAUGUGUGUUGUGUUGUCUGGAAUUGGUGGGCGUGUGUGUGUGUGUAUGCGUCUGUGAUGUUUGUAUAUAUUUCACGGGACAGUAUUUUAGGUAUGUGGGGUGGGAGGAAGGAGGGAGGGGAAUCUAUGCCUUAUUCCCCUUUUGACCAAUCACACCUUGACGCAAAGGGCACAGGUGAUAAGCCCAAUGCGGUUCCCACUCCACAAAAGCACUUUUAUACGGCCUGUGGGCUUCUUUGGAAUCCUCAUGAUUCCUUUUUUAAUUUCAAGAAAGAAAAACAAUUGCUGAUGGCAAUUCCUUCCCCCACAUCACUGGGGGGGACGGGAAUACUGCCUGAGCGCGAUGCAGACAAAUUGCACAUGCAUUUGGGUCCCAUUGAUUUCAAUCAGAGUGAAGCUGAGCAUGUGGUUAACUCUCCCCCACUGAACUCCGUGCGACCUCAAGGUCAUGCCCCGCUUUUAACUGCCUGAUCCUACUGCAUGUUUACUUGGAAGUCAAGUUGUACUUGGCUCGAUGGGACUGACACCAGAGUAUGUGCACAUAGGAUUGC